AUGAAUCGCAAUAGACGAAGCGAUCGGGAUCAACAAGGAAAUCGUGGAGGUCGUGGACGAGGCAGGAAUCAUCCUGACGAACCAAUCGAGUCUCCUAUUCAGCUUGAUUGGUGCGAUAUCAUGUUGCUCGACCUGGAGGCUCGAGAGUUACUCACUCGGCUCUCUUCCCUACCUUUUGGCGAGUCUCGCUGUUUGGAUUGGGACACCGUGUGUGCUGUUCGGGUUUCCAACUCCAUUCAUGACAUGCUCGGUAAUGGUGCAUGGCGGGUCGUGUUUGACUUCAAUGAGAUCAUCUACAGGGAGCUCACUUUGGAGUUCUUAGCCUCUUUCACCCUCACCAAGGACGGUUUGAAGCAGUUCUCCUUUCCCAAUGGAAUUACCUUUCGGCUUGGUGGCCAGCUUCACACAAUGUCUCUUACCCAGUUCAGCAUCACCAUGGGUUUGUACUCCGAGCACUUUUUUCAGGGCCCCCUCUACUCUCAACUCAAGACUAAGCGCUCACUUGCUCCACAUGCUGAUUUAGAUCAGUGCUGGUUCGAUACUCUCACCCGUGUUGUGGUGGGGAUGCCUUUUGACCAGCGCACUACCAAGGCAAGCAUGCUUCACCAUGAUUUUCCGCUACUCUAUAAUGUCUUGAGUCAUGGGCUUCUCCCUCUGCGUGGCAGCCCCGGUGCCAUUAGCAACCGCCACCUCGCCAUCCUCACCAGUCUUGCAUGCUUCCGUCCCAUUCAUGCGGGCCACUCCCUUGUGCUGACACUGCACAACAUCAACACCAGGUCGAACAUCAGCGUGGUUCAUGGUGGGGCAUUUGUCACUCGUCUUGCUCGGCGACUCGGCCUUGAUCCGGUGGCCAUGGGGUGCACGCCCGUGGGUCGCACCAUCCCGCUCUCUCUUGACCAUUGGCAGGCUAUGAAACGCCUGGAUCCCCCCUUUGCGUACUUCAAUGAGGAUGGCCGCUAUGACGCCCCACUGCCAGAGGUCCAUCAGGCGGAGCCGCCACCUGCACCGCCCCGUGCUGCCCGGGCUCGUGAGCCCCGUCCGCCUCCGCCAGGCAUGUCCUUUGGCCAUCUUGAUGCCCGCCUUGACCAUAUUGAGUCCAUUCAGGAGCUCGUCCUCCAGCGUCUCGGUAUCUCCUAUGUGCCUUUCGGCCACUCUUCCGGGGCCUCCACCUCCAGUGGCAGGCCGUCUGAUACCAGAUCACAGGAGGAUGGCGCCUGCCAGCCUGCCGAGGGUGACUACCCGGGCUCUGAUUGA